CUCAGCCCAGCCUCCUCGACCGCGAUUUUUUCAGCUGCCGGUCAAACUGCGCGACAAGAGCGCGACAGCAUGCUAGUUGUUGAUAUCAAAAGUGAACUAUACUUCCUGGCUUGCAGAUAAUCUCAAUUUCACACUAGCUCUGCAUCUUUCAUCUCUAGGCUCAUUCUCGACCUCAUUCCUUCACUUCCACGCCCCAGGGUCAGCCAUGGCCCCCACGCUGCCACUCCCACCCCUCCAGCGCCUCCAGAAUCUCGCAUCCCGCACGUUUGACCCGGGUGCGACAGCAGACAGUUUUCGCGAGGAAUGGUCGAAUCCGUCAAAUUAUGCCUUUACCAUUCUUCUGCUCAUCGGCGGGGAUCUAAUCCAUCGCGCUCUCGCGCAGCUUGUCGGCGGACCGAUUGCGCCAGUUGCAUUCUCAUUUGGAUGGGUCUCCUACGCAACCUCCGCUGUGUGCUCUGCCCUCGGCGAGUACCGCCUCAUGCCCGACGCAGAUACAGGGUGCAGUCUUAUUAACGGGAAAAACGGCUACGUCCGCGGUAACAACAGCUGGGUCCUUGGCCGGAUGAUGCGCGACUACGACUACUGGAUGCAUCCGGCGAUUCGCGAAAAGACACAGAACUUGAUCGACGCCCGCUGGAAAUUCGACCAAGCACGCGAAGAUGAGAAGUACCCUGAUUCUGGCAUUAAGGUGCCACGGCCGUCGCAGGCAGGAUUGGUCGUCAGUGUAUAUAAACCAAGCAAGACGCUUCAGGCGGGCGUCCCGGGCAAGGACCUGCUCUACUGGUCUGGCAUACUGUGUACGGUGCUACAGCUGGGGAUUGCUAGUAUCCCCGCUGGAAUCAAUGGGGACUGGGGUGUGCUGAUGAUCACUGGCGCGGCGACGGUGUUAUGCUAUGGAACCGGGGCCUUGACACAGUGGAAGGUCGAGAAGUGGGCUUGCCGACGGCUGGAUAAUCGAAACAAGAAGAAUUUUGUGCUGACGAGGGGGAAUGGAGCGCAGCAUGCUAUCGCGAUCGUGUCGGAUGGCGUCGGGCUCGAUCUCGAGGAUUUGGCGACGGGGUUCAGCAUGAUAGACUACCCGACUAUUACUGUUGUGGCACAGCUUCUGACGAUCGUGCUGGGUAUUGCCUGGGUUGCGUUGCUGAUCACGGCUAGCGGAAUCGAUACCGGGAGCUGGUAUCUUAUCGCCGUCGGGGGAAUUGGAAUGCUGCAGAAUAUCUUUGUUGCUGGGUGGAAGAGGACCCCGGCCGCGUAUGGUGUUCCACUGGAGUUUGUGGAGGUCGUAGGGGAGGUCAAGGUUAUGGGGACGCUGAUGGAGCUGGAGAGGAGAUACGAAAAGCUGGGGAAGAGUCUGUUGGGUACUUUCUUUCCGGGCGAUCUGAGGGAUAACGAAGUCAAACAGUGGGAGGAGAUCAAGGAGGAGUGGAAGAGGAAGAAGGAGAGGGGAGAGGGAGCUGGAGACGACAGGAAGGGGAAGUAGACCAGUGCUACCUGUUCGAUUUUGGCUAGAUUGACAUUCAAUGUAUCUUGGGUAACCUGCACU